GAGCAGACAUGCUUUCGUCAAGUUCUUUUGGACCAUGGCAGUAAACUUUGAAUGAUUUGUGGGUCACCUGAUCCCUGGUCACAGCACCUGUCCCCAUUCUGUCCCACAGGUUGUUUUUUCCUCCUGAAGCCUGGACACCUGGUGAGCUGUAAAAAAAAAACCUGUCAGGAACCUCUGAGUGACACCAAGACCCAGCAGCUGCCAUGGGCUCCCCAGAGAGAAAAGGCUUCCUUGAGUCUCAAGUUGAGUACCUCUGGGACACAUGGAGCACAGAGGCCCUGCAACACCUGCUGACUGAAGAGGAAGCCUGGAAACAGCUUGUGGAAGAAGCCGAUUUGUCCAGGGAAGAGGAAGUUUCCUUACGUGAAGCUCUUGGUGAGAUCAUUGCAAAUCCUGAUGGAGAAGAUGAAGAUGAGCUCCAAAAUGACCUGCAAGAGAAGAAAGGGAGGAAAAAGACAGAUGACCGGUGUGAAGCUCUUGGUAAGAACAUAGAGAAUACUGAUGUAGAAGAUGAAGACAAUCUCCAAAAUGACCUGCAGGACAAGAAAAGGUUUUUGGAAGUUUAUCCUCAGGUGAAACUGGAGCUUGAGCAGCAGAUUGAGAAGCUGCGCGCCCUUGCAGACAAGAUUGACAAGGUGCACAGGGACUGCACCAUCACACAAGUGGUGGCCGGCUCCACCGGUGCUGUGUCUGGAGUCCUGACCAUCCUUGGUCUCACUCUGGCACCCAUGACAGCAGGACUCAGUCUGGGACUUUCAGCCACAGGCUUGGGGCUGGGGGCGGCAGCAGCUGUGACUAGUGUGUCCACAACCAUUGUAGAAAAGGUCAGCACAGCGUCUGUGGAAGCUGAAGCCAGCCAGCUGGUGCCAACCAGCAAGGACCCAGGGAAGGUCAUUAAAGAAAUUUUGGAGGAGAGCACCCCCAGGCUUCUUUCAGUAUCCAAGAAUAUCCAGAACCUGGAAGUCAUCAAGAAGAACAUUGAUGCCAUCAGGCUGGCCAAAACUAACUCUCGCCUAGCAUCUAAUGCCAAGCGUCUCAUGACCACAGGGAGGGAGUCAGCCCGAAACACUAGACAGGUGCAGAAAGCCUUUGGAGGCACAGCUCUGGCAAUGUCCAAAGGAGCCCGGAUCAUGGGUGCAGCUACCGCAGGUCUCUUCCUGGUGCUGGAUGUGGUCAUCCUUGUACAAGACUCAAAGCAUUUGUACGAGGGUGCAAAGUCAGAGUCCGCUGCAGAGUUGCGGCAGCAGGCUCAGGACCUAGAGCAGAAGUUGCAGGAGCUCAUCAGGGUCCAUGACAGCCUGACAAAGUGACCUCUUCUUCAGUGCAGCUCAGAGGACUGGGGAUAGGGGAUGCCCUAGACAUCUACUUGAUAGCCCCUGUCUGUAUCCCCUCUACAGCAAUGUCACCAUGGUGGAAGUGCCUGCUACAGGGGGAGGCCACAUUAAGAGAAAGGAAGCCAGAACACAGAUGGGACAGGCCUGGGACCUCCCACUAGACUCCACCUCUUAGAUCCAACAACCUCCCAACACCCUACAGGAGGGCCAAGCUCCCAAGCUGGGGAGCACAUCCAAGGCAUGACUAAGCUACAGCAUGGCUGCUCCUCAGUCAUGCCCACCACACUGCUCCUAGCUGAGGCUCACCAUCCUCAGUGUCCUCUGAGCUGCCAACUUUCAUACUGCUUUCUGAUUGGUUGCAUAGAGACCUUCUUCCCCUUUCUUAGUUCUACCUAAUUCUCUGUUUUUCCAAGUAUUUCUAAAUCUUACAAUCAGACUCUGGAUGGGAACCCCAUUUCUUUGUUCAUCAUUUGGUCGUGUGGAGUGAUGGGUGUGUUGGUGAAAUGCUCAGAGUGUAGAAAGGAAAGGAUGCUGGGAAUGUCAUCUGCACGGUCAUCACAGGUUCUUGGUCCUAAGUGCCAGUAGUGGGCACUAUAAGAAAGGAGAGGUGACAAGAUAUGGCUGGUCAGUUCUGCUCUCUGCUACCAGAUUCUGGGGGAAAUCACAAGGUUUAAUUCCUAUUGACUUUUAAAAUCUGCUGAAAUCGGAUGAGAUCUGCUGAGAUGCAUGUGAAGGGCUACACUUGCUCCACAGGAUUUGAAGAGUAAACUGGUGAACAUU